AUAACUAGAAAUAAACUAGUGGUGAAAGCCGCUAAAGGUACCAGGAAAUGCAAUUGUAGACAAGAAUUAGUAACACGUAAUUUAGGAAACGGGAGAUUCCAAAUGAUUCAACAAGCAGUGUGUUCAGAAUGUCCAAACGUCAAAUUAGUUAAUGAAGAGAGAAUUCUCGAGGUUGAGGUGGAGCUUGGGAUGGUUGAUGGCCAGGAGACCAAGUUCAUUGCUGAGGGGGAGCCACACAUCGAUGGUGACUGUGGAGAUUUAAUCAUCAAAAUUCGCACACAGCCUCAUCCAGUCUUUGAGCGAUCGGGCGACGACUUGUAUACAAAUAUCACGAUAUCCCUUCAAGAGGCCCUCAUUGGCUUUACAUUAGAUAUAACCCACCUAGAUGGUCACAAAGUGACAAUUACAAGAGACGAAGUAACAAAACCCGGAGCGAGGAUGAGGAAAAAGGGCGAGGGAAUGCCCAAUUACGAUAACAAUAAUCUUUAUGGUACUCUGUACAUCACUUUCUAUGUUGCAUUCCCCGAGAAGAAUUUUUCUGAAAGUGAGAAAGCAGCCAUCAAGGAACUACUGUAACAAUCUUCAGUAGACAGGAUAUACAAUGGCCUGCGAAGUUCAUAAAUUUUCAAGGAUCGUAAAUGAUGCUCACGGACAAAAUACAUAAAGUGUGCCACGUGAUUGAUUAAACUGUGGUGUGAUUUUCAUUGUUUCUUGUGUUUAAUGGCAAUUAUGACUGAAAUGGACGACACCGAGGUUUUAUAUAAAUUUUCUGUUAGAAAUGGGAAUGUAACACCUGCAUCAAUAUAUUAUUCACAUUGAAAUGAAUAAAAAAAUUUAAUGACGAUUCUUAUAAAAAAUUGACAAAUCA